AGCAGCAACAGCAGCAGCAGCAGCAACAGCAGCAACAGCAGCAACAACAAGCCCAGAUCCAACAGCAACAGUUCCUCUGAUUCCAGCUCUGACAGCUCCAAUGAUUCAGGGUCUGGCGACAUGAUAUCGAGUAUUUUCAACUUCACCUUCUUUUCUCAGCCAGACAGAAACCCAUAUGCUCCAUUCCCAGCCACAUGUCCUGACCAUGCUAUUGUUAGAGAAGCUAGCAACAUUUCUGAUAACGAGAAGCUGUACAUCCAACAAAGACAGGCAGUCACCAAUAAAAAUUUAAUCACAUUCUUGAACGACAGAGCUAACCUCUCCAAUUUCGAUGCUGAAAAAUUCAUCAAUGACUACUCUAGUGAGCACAAUAUCACUUUAGGCUUAGCCUUUAGUGGCGGAGGAUAUAGAGCCAUGUUAUGCGGAGCAGGAGAAAUGCUUGGGCUCGACAGCAGAUACUCUGGAGCCAAGUCCAAUGGCUUGGGAGGGCUUCUACAAAGUGCAACUUACAUGUCCGGACUCUCUGGAGGAAGCUGGCUUGUAGGGCUGGUGGUACUCAAUGACUUCAUAUCUAUUGAAGAUGUUCUCAACGGAGACAUCAACAUUUGGAACUUGGAAGAUUCCAUCAUUAAUCCCUCUGGUAUCAAUAUAUUUGGUACCGUGCAGUACUAUACGGACAUUGAGGAAGCUGUUCUGGCCAAGAUGGAUGCCGGGUUUAAUGCCUCGAUCACCGAUGUCUGGGGAAGAGCUCUUUCGCAUCAGUUUUUCCCAGACGAUAACAGUGGAGAAAAUGUUACCUGGUCCAGCAUCAGGAACUUGUCAAGUUUCCAAGAUCAUCUGAUGCCCUACCCUAUUGUAGUUGCCAACGGCAGAACUCCAGGAUCGUAUAUUAUCAACGAAAAUUCAACUGUUUUUGAAGUUAGUCCCUACGAACUUGGAUCCUGGGAUCCAUCAUUGAACAGUUUUAGUGAUGUACAGUUCUUAGGCUCAUACAUGGACAAUGGUACCCCAAAUAACUCAGACAGUUGUAUAGUCAACUUUGAUAAUGCUGGAUUCAUUAUGGGGACCUCCUCUUCCUUGUUUAACCAAUUUAUCUUGCAAUUGAAUGGUACAGGAAUUCCGGAUGCCAUUAAGUCAGUUAUCAAUGACAUUCUCAGUCGUGUGAGCCACGCUGAAGUUGAUAUUGCUCUCUAUUUUCCGAACCCUUUCAGACGUGUUGAAACAGCUGCACUGAUAAAUAUCGUAUUGAACAACACUUUGUAUCUCGUUGACGGAGGUGAAGAUUUACAAAAUGUUCCAUAUUAUCCACUCAUCCAACCAGAUAGAAAGUUAGAUAUAAUCUUUGCUUAUGACAAUUCUGCCGAUACCGAGCAAAGCUGGCCAAACGGAACAUCGAUUUCGUACACUUAUUUGCGGCAGUUUUCUGACCAGGGAAGAGGUACUCCAUUCCCGUUUGUGCCUGGAGUAGAUGAUUUCCUUGAUCAAGGUCUCAACCAGCGUCCUACUUUCUUUGGCUGUGAUGCUGAAAAUAUGACAAAUUUACUCAAUUUCCAUGGGAAUCCCGACCUCAAUGUAACUGAUAUCCCAUUGGUGGUACAGUUGACGAACCAGAGAUUUUCUUAUAAUUCCAACACUUCGACAUUCAAGAUGUCGUAUGAUGAUGACGAGGUGAGAUCCAUGAUUCAAAAUGGAUUUGAGGUCUCUUCUAGAGGAAAUUUCAGCGAUGAUGACAACUGGGCUAGGUGCGUAGGGUGUGCUAUCAUAAGAAGAUCUCAGGAGAGACUUGGGUUGGAACAAUCGGAGGAAUGUAAAGAAUGUUUCGACCAAUACUGCUGGAGGGGUGGUGAAAAAGGGGCUGCUUCUGCCACUGUUGAUUUGGAAAGUUAUACCACUUUGGCUUCGAUCGCUACUAGUUCGCAUUCAGAGUUGCCAGAGCAAUCAUCAGCUACUGCCGAAGCAACAACCACUUCAAGCACCACCAAAAAAAGUGGUGGGCAGCACCGCGCUGUAAUCACGUGGUCGAUUGCACUGUUUUUCGUACAUGCAUUAGAGUUUAUGUUCCUAUUUUAAUCAAAGUAUAUCAUUUUAGUAUCUUAUAUAUUAUAAUAAAAAAUAGGUGGAUACUUC